AUGGUGCCAAGGUUCUUUACCUGCUCUAUGUGCGAAAGGCCAAGCGCUCGCGCGGUUGGAGCGGGCUGUGAUAUGUGUACUAGUUACUUCUGCGAGAUUCACAUGUCACCGGCUUUUCACAAAUGCAGCAAUGAGAGUUUGGAUGAUCCAACGUACGAAGCCCUCGUUGUGGACGAAAUAAAGCGUCUUCGUGCUCAAAUCAAUGAGGAGGCAGUCUGCAAACUCGCCUCCAGCCUCAAUGGCGGCAAAAAUUGCGUCGUCGAAUACCCUCAGAAGGCUGUUGGUUUGGGUGCUCUUACAGGAUGCGCGAACUACCACGUCCGCAUCCGGUUCGAAAAAGAUUCCACCUCCUGGCUCAUGAGAAUUCCUCGGAUUUCUGGAUUUGCUGUUGGGCUCCCUGUUUCUCUCGCAGAAUACCUGAUCCGGAGCGAGUAUGCAACCUUGAAGUUCUUGGAGAAUACGGCAGUGCCGGCGCCGCGACCCUACUCAUUUGGCAUCCCGUCUCAAGGUACCGAUCAUGGAAUUGGAGUCUGCUUUCUAAUUAUGGAAGAAUUGCCAGGAAAACCGUGGGACGGUCGAGGGGACACUUUGAAAAUCUGGAAGGGACUCGCUGAGAUCUUUGGAGAGUUGAACAGACAUUCAUUCGACAAAAUAGGAUCACUAUAUGUUGAUUCUCCUGAGGAAGAACCCAUAGUCUCAGCCAUAGCCAGCGACAGAUUUGUAUGUCUCUACCCUUACGGGCCGUUCGAGACUUCGGCAACGUAUUACGCUGCCUGGGCUGAGCAGCACCUUCUACUGAUCGCGGACGGCCAGCUCUAUCCUCAGUUUUCUAUCAGAGCCUACUUGGUAUAUCGCUUCCUCCAAGAAAAUGCGACUCAGUUGUCUGAUACUGAAGAUCGAUUCUUCCUAAGACAUGUUGAUGACAAGGGUGACCAUUUGCUAGUGGAUGAGGACUCAAGUAUCACUGGAAUCAUUGACUGGCAAAUGGCUCGCAUCGUUCCACGAAGAGAGGCGUUCGCGCCAUCACUUGUGUCUGCCGAUAUGAGCGCCCUUUGCAAUGGUGUUGUCUCACUCAGUGCGGCAGAUGUUGCAUUAAGAGAUUCAAUGCUCGAGAAGGCAGUGGAUAUGGCAGGCUUUACGGAAGAUGAGAAAAUACGAAGAUUCUUUUGGGGAUUGGGACUUGAAUCCAACUGGGCCUACGCGUUACCAUUGGCAAAUGCAAUCCUACAAGUCUUUGGGGUUAAGCAAGACUGGAAUGAAUGGGAGAAGACAGCGCUGGAGCGCUAUGAGGAUGAUGAACGAUUGAAUGCUAUUGUAAAAAAGGUUUCCUAG